UUAUCAAAGUCCCCGACAUAACAAACAAUAAAUUUUUUUUUUUAUUAUCUAGUCUCAUAGAUUCUAUUCCGUUGUGGCUUGUGCCAAACACCCUUAGGCGUACAGCGUUCUCUACUUUCCAAACCCUAAACACUAUCAUCCAGAUACGCCUCACUCGACACUCCUUAACGCUAAGAUCUUCCUCCUCCCUUCCGCCGCUGUCCGCUCCUCGCUAGUCGUUGCCGGCCGCCUCCACGACUCAAUCGCUCAUUUCUCUCGCUGGGCGACCUUCUUCCUCUUUCUUCAGCAACCCUAAUCUCUAAUAAGCGUCGCAAUGCCUACUGUUAGUGUAGGCAGAGAUCGCCUUUUCGACGCUCUUGGCCGAACUUAUGAGGAUAAAGAAUUUGAGGAUCUUUGCUUCAGAUUUGGCAUUGAGCUGGAUGACAUUACGACGGAAAAGGCAAUUAUUCGGAAAGAAAAGCAUUUGGAAGAUGAAGAACCUACUGAAGAUGAAGAAAUCAUCUACAAAAUUGAAGUUCCUGCUAAUAGGUAUGAUUUGCUUUGUCUGGAAGGUCUAGCCCAGGCCUUGCGCAUUUUUGAAGAGCUUCAAGACAUUCCAACAUAUACACUUGCUGACAUUUCUCAUCAAUCCAUGCUGAAAAUGCAUGUGAAAUCUGAGACAUCUUCAAUCCGUCCUUUUGUCGUUUGUGCUGUUCUGAGAGGUAUUAGUUUUGAUGAAGCAAGAUACAACAGUUUCAUUGAUCUUCAAGAUAGGCUACAUCAAAAUAUAUGCCGGCGAAGAACUUUGGUAGCUAUUGGAACCCAUGACUUGGAUACCAUUCAAGGUCCUUUCUCAUACGAGGCUUUGCCACCGUCGGAAAUAAACUUUGUGCCUUUGAAGCAGGUUAAACAAUUUAGAGCAGACGAGCUAAUGGAGUUUUACAAGAAUGAUUUGAAGCUGAAGAAAUACUUGCAUAUUAUUGAGAAUUCGCCUGUGUUUCCAGUUAUAUAUGAUCGUGAUAGAACUGUGUUGUCUUUACCCCCGAUAAUAAAUGGUGCACAUUCUGCUAUUACUUUGAAGACAAAGAACGUUUUCAUCGAAUGUACAGCCACUGAUUUGACGAAGGCUAAAAUUGUUUUGAAUACUAUGGUUACUAUGUUUUCGGGGUACUGCGAUAAGAAGUUUGAAGUUGAGCCUAUACAAGUGACAUAUUCUGAUGGGAAGUCAUAUGUUUGUCCUGAUCUCUCGCUUUAUGAUAUGGAUGUAUCUCUGUCCUACGUCAAUGAAGCAAUUGGAAUUUCACUAGAGGCAGAUGAGGUAACUGGAUUGUUGAAGAGAAUGCAGUUGCAUGCGAAGAAGUUGUAUUCAGCUAAUAAUGACUGCAAAAUAAGUGUUUCUGUUCCUCCAACCAGAAGUGAUGUUCUUCAUCCUUGUGAUGUGAUGGAGGAUGUUGCUAUUGCUUUUGGAUACAAUGAAAUUCCAAAGAGAUUGCCUGCAUCAAUAAAGCCAUUGGGAUUGAAUGAAUUAAGUGAUUUGAUAAGAAGUGAGAUUGCUAUGAAUGGGUUCACAGAGGUGUUGACUUGGAUACUCUGCUCUUACAAAGAAAAUUUUUCCAUGUUGAAUCGCAAGGAUGACAAAUCAACAGCUGUGAUUAUUGGAAAUCCUCGUUCUGCUGAUUUUGAGGUGGUACGAAGUAGUCUCAUGCCUGGUAUAUUGAAAACUGUUGGGCACAACAAAGAUCAUCGGAAGCCUAUCAAGAUUUUCGAAGUUGGUGACAUAGCAGUUCUUGAUGACGCAAAAGAUGUCGGUGCUCGGAAUUGUCGUCAACUUGCGGCGCUUUAUUGUGGUGCUAGUUCUGGCUUUGAGACUAUCCAUUCCCUAGUCGACAGAGUUAUGGAAAUAGUAGGUACACCUUUUGUUGCAGAAGGAGAUAGCUCUGGCUACCACAUAAAGCUUGCAAAUAGCCCUGAGUUUCUUCCUGGAAGGCAAGCCAACAUUAUCUACAAAGGCAGGUACAUAGGGAUUUUCGGUAUUGUUCAUCCAGAGGUCUUGAACAACUUUGAUAUUCCGGAUCCUUGUUCAUAUGUGGAGCUUAAUAUAGAGAACUUUUUGUAGCCGCUACCCUAUCAUUUAGAUCGAAAAUUUGCCUACAGGUUCCUGCAUCAGCCUCUAGUUUCAUGAAGGUGUAAAAGUUUUAUCAUACUGCUCCGGAAUGGCAAAUGUGAAAACUUUAAGACGUAUUCUUAGAUAGCCUUGGAAUCUAUUUAUUUCUCAAUGUAUACUGUUGCAUUUAAGACAAUUUCUAUUCAAUUUUGCAAAUUUAUGAAGUUUUGUAGUGUUUUCUUCGAAUAAACUUGACUUUUGAAUACGACUGUAAGGAGCUGUUUUCUGGAACUGUUUGUCUCGAUUAAGUAAUUUCUAUUACAACCAGGAAUGAUAGGUGGAUAACAUUUUGUGGAUA